UAUUGCUACGUAGAAUCAGUGCAACGCUGUCACGCCGCGCGACUUGUACGCAACAACAAGCCAGCCAGAACCAGUGAAGAAGUGGUACAGCUUUUCUUCUCUCGUGCUUUGAAACACCUUCGAACAAAGAGGAACGGAAAAUCCCGACGGAGAUUCUGUUCGAGUCCGUUUGAUGACAGUUUUUACCGAUCCCGAUCGCAGCUGUAUGAGGUUUCGAGCAACUAGGUACCAAGGUCGAAGAUCGGGAAGAAGGGCAGCCGUAGGUCGACCCGCGGAGGCCACGAUAACCGGUGUUGAAAAGGCGAAAAACAUCGUCACCAAAAAGGAAAUCGCCGAGCUGCUGUUCGAAACCUGUACUGGCUGCAAAAAGAUGGCCGCCAUUCCGCAAAGCGCGCUCACGGCGUGCAAGGUUCGCCGGAAUCUUGAACGGAACACUAUGAUAAGCCAUCCCGUGGACAAGAAAGAGAAAGCAGGCAAAGAUGUCUUGUUCAACGCGAGACUCUCCGUGGAAGGCAGAGAGCUGACGCCGAUGAAGUACAACAGCAAGCUGAUGAACAGCAUCUGGGGACUGUACAAUCGUUACUCGGUGCACAACUUUAAGAAGAACACCGACGCCAACGACGGGGUGUUCGGAUCGUUCGUGGCGGUUUUGGGGGCAGCUUUCGACAGCCAUGCACCCGCCGCGAACAAAAUGGCUGCAGCCGCAGCCGCCAAGAACAAUUCUUAAAGAAGAAAUAACGAACACAGAUUUACGACUCGAUAUUCAUCCGAAUUAUCCGUUUGGCAAUCGUGUUUUGUUAAUCGAUCGAAAUAUAUAGAACGAUCAAAUAGCAAUGGA